AUGUGGACGAUGAGCGGGGUGCUGCGGCCUUGGGCUCUAAUCUUGGCCCGGUCCCCGGGAGCCCGGACCUACGCUGGGGGCGGGGGAGUCUCCUACACGCAGGGCCAGAGCCCAGAGCCUCGGACGCGCGAGUACUUUUACUAUGUGGAUCAUCAGGGCCAGCUUUUCCUGGACGACUCCAGAAUGAAGAACUUCACCACUUGCUUCAAAGACCCGCAGUUCCUGGUCAUGUUUUUCUCCCGCCUGACACCCAACCGCAGCGGGCGCUACGAGGCCUCCUUCCCCUUCCUCUCGCUCUGCGGCAGGGAACGCAACUUCCUACGCUGCGAAGACCGGCCCGUGGUCUUCACGCACCUGCUGGCCGCGGGCCCCGCGCUCCAGCGCCUCUCCUACUGCGGCGGCGGCGAGGCCCUGUCUGUGCCCUUCGAGCCUGCGCGCCUGCUGCCGCUGGCCACGAAUGGGCGUCUCUACCACCCAGCGCCGGAGCGCGCGGGCGGCGUGGGCCUGGUGCGAUCGGCCCUGGCCUUCGAGCUCAGCGCUUGCUUCGAGUACGCGCCAGGCGCGCCCGAGCUGCCUUCGCACGUGCGCUGGCAGGGCCGCCGUUUCGCACUCACCAUGGACCUGGCCCCGCUCCUGCCUGCUGCCCCGCCGCCCUGA